UUCCUAAUGUGAGUAUUGUUGUAGUUGUCUCUGGAUUAGCCUGCUAUCAUCCACAUUGCGCAGCAUCUACCUGCUGUGCUAUUGAAAUAAUAGUACUGUAGGGAACGGGGUUGAGUGAUGGGAUGAUGCAGGGUUGUAUCAUAGGGUGGAUCCUUGUAGUUACUAAACAUAGAAUAAUUCUCGGUGGUUCUCCAAUAUAGCAUAAUUCUCGGUGGUUUGUUUUAAAUGUAAGUUAGGUGAGUUUGAAUGCAACGGAUAAACAUAUGUUGCAUUCAAACCCACGUUAAGACCUGAGAUGAGACAUGCAAAUAGUAAAAAAUCGACCUCGAUGCAGUCAGGGGGUACUGUCAAAUGCACCCAGUCCAACGAUAGAAUGAACAGAAAAAAAAAGAAAAAGUAAACAUCUAUCGGCAAGUCCCGUCCCAGGUUAAGACCGAGAUGUAUGCAGGUGUACACAUUUUUUCCUAUGUGUGCGUCGGCUGUCACUUUUUUUUAGCAAACAAGAAGAAAAGAAGGAGAAAAUAAAAGCACGUGGUCCCAUACUUCAUUCUGAUUGGUUAGUGAUAUAAUUAUGUUUCGGGGUCAAUCAAAUCCGACAUAAUGGUAUGGUAUAUCCAUGUAAACAGUACAAUUGAACUGGCAAAAAAUGUCAGGUAAACUAAAGAGACUAGAAUUACAAAAAGACGCCAUGUUCUGUUUGAAAUUUUAGUUCAGCUGUAGAAGCUUAUAGCUGGAUUCCAGUUCCCAACAGGGUUGCCACUAUUUUUCAAACAAAAUCUGGCAGUUCAGCUAAAAAUGUCUGGCAAAAUCUGGCACUUGACAGCUACCUCAAAGUCAUCGAAAUUUAGCAUAGAUUUUAGUUUUCAUAGAAUCGAUUUUUGUAAAAUUUGGGACAUAAUUACCAAAAUUUCCAAAAUGUGUAUGUAGCAGCUUCUAAAACUUAAAAAUCUGGCAGAGUGAGAGAUUUGUCUUUUUGUCUGGAAGCUGCCAAAACCUCUGGCUGUGCCAGAUAAAUCUGGCAUAAUGGCAUCCCUGGUUCCCAACAGAACAUGUCGUCUUUUUGCUAUUCUAGUCUCUUGUAGGUAAAUCAGUAAUGUUUAGUCACAAAAAGAGCCGGAAUUGGCUGGUUCUAGUUAGUAAUCUGGUUGCAGUUAAAAAUCGAAAUAUUGAACUUGCGCCUUUCGUUUUUUCCAAUUUGAAAGGUGGCCAACUAAUGCGCUUCUUGUGUGCAUGUAAGAGAAUAUUGACUUGCCUAUUUUGUGUACAUGUAAGAGAAUAUUGACUUGCCUAUGUAAGAGAAUAUUGACUUGCACUUACAGACACUUUAUACACAGACUAGCGAAGUGUCAAAAAUUACAGCCAAACGGACUGUCAAAAAGUGCAGCCAAACGAGCAUGAGGGUUUUGAGAAGAGAAGUACAAGAGGAAGCCAUGCAAAGCUUAUGGGAGUUUCUGUGAUGCCAGUUUACAUUCAUGGUUGCUAGUUUUACUGUUUUUCUCUCCGCUAGUCUGUUAUAUAAAGUGUCUGUAGUUACACUUCAAUUGCGCACGCUGAAAAUAGGAGAAAAAUCGAAAGGCGCAAGUUCACUAUUUCGAAUCUCAUAUUCGGGUCCAGUGACACAACCGAUUCUAAUUAUAAUCGGUUGUCAUUGGAGCCGGAAUGCUAUAUUAGGUUUUACACCAACCGACAUAACCCCACAAAAUGAGCCGGAUGAACUUCGUUUGACAAUUCUCGGUUGUUGUGAUUGCAACGUAAAAGGAGGGAUUCUGGUUUUCUAAACGCUUUAUUCGACGAGCCGAUCAACAGUGAACAGCGGGAGAAAUGGCUGACCUGGGUGCAAGUUCUUCCGAGAGUAGAGAUGGUUAGGGUGCCCAGUAGAGUUACUAUAUUAAGAGUUAGGCGGACAUAAAAGCCGGAAAACUGGCAGCUCUUAUUUCAGGAAAGAAAACACUGGCAUCCCAUGUAAAUGUUCAAGCUCUAGCCUUAUAAUUUCAUUGUCGUCGUAAGUAAGAACUUUACAUGCACGAAUAGAGAAACCAUUUCGAAGAUCUGUUGAUAUGAUUUCAUACUUGUGCGAAUAUCUCUUCUUGUUACAGAAAAAAAUUUGGUUCUUUUCGUUUCUCUACACUCGAUAACACAAGAUAAGAGUAAAAUAGUUAUGACCAUAAUCACAAUACCUUUUCCAUAUACAUCCGAAGAGAACAUGUUGUGUGACGUCAUGCUCGAUUGGCUCCGGUAUUUGACAUGUUCAAUUGGCUCCGCUCAGUGUCUCCGCCUAACUAUGAAUAUAGUAACUAUAGUACCCAGAUGUAACCGGAUGAGGAGUAGCAUCAGUGAACGAAAUUCGAUUCAGCUCCAUGUCUUCGUUGAUGCGUCUGAGAAUGGAGUUGCUGCGGUAUGUUAUCUGCUUUUGGAAGAAGGUGGCGUCGUGGAAUGUGCACUAGUCGGGGCAAAAACAAAAGUAGCUCCACUGCGAUUUGUGUCAAUACCCAGACUGGAACUGCAGGCAGCAGUAAUCGGCGCCCGCUUGGCGAACAGCAUCACGGAGUCGCACAAAUUAAAACCUAUGCAACGAUUCUUCUGGACGGAUGCGCGAGAUGUUCUUUGUUGGCUAAAAUUUGAUCACCGGAAAUAUAGCCAGUUUGUAGCGGUACGAAUCAGUGAGAUGUUGGAGUUGACGGAGCCACAUGAAUGGAACUGGAUCCCAUCAAAAUUGAACGUUGCGGACGAGGCUACAAAAUGGCAAAGGUUACCGGAUCUGGCUCCUACAAGUCGUUGGUUUCGUGGACUGGAAUUCCUGUGGGGCCCCAAAGAGGGUUGGCCUGAUAAUAUAUCAAAAUUUGGUGACACAAUAGAAGAAAAACGUGUAAAAGUACUUCAUCACCACGAAGAACGUGCGAUAUUCGAAUGGGCGAAAUUUUCCAGAUGGAAACGAUUGCUACGUCAUGUGGCUUUUGUGAAACGAUUCCCAGCUAAUAUACGCAAGAAAAUCGCCAAACAAACAAUCUGUUGAAAGCGGUCCCAUGAGGAGCUAAAAAAAGCAGAGCUGACUAUACUUAAGUUCGUUCAAGAUUCCGAGUUUGCCAGAGAGAUUCAACACUUAAGGAAAUCUAAUCCAUUGCCAUGGAAGAACGUGAUGCUUGUACAAAUCAUUGUACAAGCUUAGCCCAAUUCUUGAGGUAGAUGGGUUAGUUCACAUGAAAGGUCGCAUAGAUGCUUGCGAAUUUGUGGAAGAGUGUACGAAACGCCCGAUAUUGCUGCCUAAGUGCCAUCCAGUUUCAGAUCUUAUUAUCGCCAGCAUUCACCAACGAUACUGCCACAUGAACCGCCAGACGGCGCCCAACGAAAUCAAGCGUCGGUUCUAUAUUCCUAAGCUUCGUUCGGUGUAUAAUCGUGUUCGUAAGAGAUUCCAGCUUUGCAAAAUCCGCAAGGCAAAACCAGCCGUCCCUGAAAUGUCCGCUCUACCACCAAUGCGGUUGACAGCCUUUUGUCGGCCAUUUUCAUAUGUAGGCAUUGAUUAUUUUGGGCCGAUGCACGUGGUUGUUGGCAGACGCACCGAAAAACGUUGGGGUGUGUUGAUUACUUGUCUCACUGUUUGAGCAAUACACCUCGAAGUUGCGCACACCCUCAUAACAGAUUCAUGCAUCUUGGCCAUUAGGAAUUUCAUAGCCAGAAGAGGAGAUAUUUAGCGAUCGCGGAACGAAUUUUGUUGGUGCAAGCCGUGAAUCAAUUCACACAGGCACUACAGCAGAUAGAUCAGAACAAGCUGAUGGAACAUUUCACUACAACGGAUACAAAAUGGUCAUUCAACCCGCCAGCACUUUGGUGGCGCAUGGGAACGCCUCGUUCAGUCAGUGAAGAAAGUCUUGAAACACCUACAAUUCACACGCACACCUACACUCAAAAAAAAGUAAACGUAAUGCCUAUUGAUUUUACACAUAGAUUUUUGCAAUUAACGGAGGCAUAUAAACACUAUUUGCUGGCGCAUAAACCUAAUGUGUGUAUUUACAAGAAAUAUUAAUCUUACAUUCACAUUUCAUAACUAUUAGGCACAUAAGACCCCAUUCUAUAACAAUAUGCACAUAUAACUUAUGUGUAUGCAUACAUAGUUUACACAGUUGACACAUAGAAGGUAUGUGUGCGUGUGAUAACAAUAGCAUUUCCUCUUCAUAUAAAUUUUAAGCGGUUUGAAGCAAAUAGAAUUAACGUUUGGAUUUUUUCCAGUGUACCGAUGAACUAUUAAGAAACAUGUUGGCAGAAAUCGAACUAAUUAUCAAUUCUAGACCGUUGACUGAAUUGCCACUAGACGAUGAGCUAUCAUCGCCGCUAACCCCGAACCAUUUCCUACUCGGGUCAUCAGACGGUUCUAAGCCCCGGUCACAUUCGAAGACAAUAGCUACGCCCUGAAGCACACAUGGAAGAUGUCGCAGGUCUACGCAAACAGGUUCUGGAAUCGCUGGAUAGCUGAUUACCUGCCAAUGUUAACGAGGAGAACAAAAUGGUUUUGUCUGGCGAAGCUCAUAGAAGUGGCAGACAUUGUCGUGUUGGUGGACGAGACACUUUCAAGAAAUUGUUGACCGAAAGGACGAAUCAUCGACGCCGUCCGGUCCAAGGAUGGCCAGGUUCGAAGAAUUGUGGUGCAAACAGCUAGCGGAAUAUUGGAGAGACCAGCUAUAAAACUCGCCGUGUUGGAUGUUGGUGCGAUUGGGAGUACUUCGGAUCAAUGAUCGCGAAGUACUGGGGGGAGUGUCGCAACUUUUCAAGUUGCUACGCACCUACUAUUCAACAACAUUGGUUCGUGCUGGAGUAACCCUCUCUUUAGGUAUGCCUCUGCGCCAAAGACAUUUUCCACACCCGGUGACCGAUCAAGGGAUCGAUCAAAUUGACAGGUUACGCAAGAACAGGCAGAGAAAGGAACAAAGGACAUUAGCGAAUUGUUAUACGAAGUUAGUUCUUAUACGAAAAAUAUUUAAAAUAGCGAGAAUUUAUAAUUUCCUAUCAACUACGGUAAUUAUUAUCUACUGAAAUACUUAUAUUAAUAUUGUUAUCUUAAAAUACUUAAAAUUACUUACUAUGUCUAUCUUAUUACUAUCUUAUUAUAACAUCAGUGGCUGUUAAAAUAUAUUGCUGAACUCACACGGUUAGAACAAAGGCAGUAAUUGCAAUCGAAGGCAAGAAUUUGCUAGGUUUAAUCGAGCAGUUGAAAUACAGCAAGAAGAACAGAAUUAAAACGUAAAAGGGACUAAAACAUAAGUUCUUAAAUUUAUAUUAUUACAAAGAAACCUUAUUGUAGAAGGAAAACACAAUUGUAUAACAAAAAUACCUAUAUUUCUCCGGCAGGGAUUUUUUAACGGCUCGUCGAAUAAAGCGUUUAGAAAAUCAGAAUCACUCCUUUUACAUUGCAAUCACAACAGUUUACAUGGAAGUUACAUGAGUUCAAAUGUAACAGAUGAACACCCGUUGCACUCGCGCACACGCAACUGACAAAGUAAACAAACCACCGAGAAUUGUCAAACAUGAACUUCAUUCAUCAUGAGUUCAUUCGUGUCAUCUUGUAGAACUGAAUAGAAUUCGGAUUCAUUUUCCGGCUAAACUUACUGGGUAACUGUCAGUAAAGAACUAUAAUUUUCAAAAUGAACUUUUGUUUUGCUUUCGACGAGUUCUGCGUCGAGCUAAGAUCAUCCAGCCCAUUCGACAAAUUUUCAUUCGACCCAAAAACAUCUAUCCUUUCGACGAGUAUGGGUUCGAGUUACACCACCCAGGCACAAUCUUGACGUUUCAGAAUGAACUUUGUUUCCAUUUUACGAGUUUUGAGAUUAAACAGCCAGUAAAUCGGAAGCGUCGAAUCCGAGUUCAUACAUUUUGUCGUCUUCAAAAAAGAGUAGCAUCAGCAGAAUUACAAACCUCACCACUAGAAAAGAUGGAUAACUCAGCUCAGCCCUGCAUAAGCCACGAGGAUAUUAAAGGCAAUCUCUUGCCGGCGUUGCACAAAAGACUAUCACUCACCUGUGAUAUCUGUGGCAAAGAAUAUACCAGGAACAACCUCCUAGUGGAACAUAGGCGCCUUCAUACUGGCGAACGACCCUACAAAUGUGUCGCAUGUAACAGAGAAUUUACAGCAAAGCAAAACCUAGCAAGGCACACGCUUGUACACACCAGUACUUUUCAGCAUAAAUGUGACGUGUGCGACAAAGCAUUCAACAAAAAAUCCUCCCUAACUCGACACUUUCGCAUUCAUACCGGCGAGAGACCACAUGCGUGUGACAUCUGUGGUAAGCGGUUUUUUGAAAAAAAAUAUGUAACAGCACACAAGCAGCUACACACCAGCGAACGUUUGUACAAGUGUGAUAUAUGUGGUAGAAAGUUUUCCGCACUCGGAACCCUCACGAACCACAAAUUUACCCACACAGGAGAUCAACCCCACAAGUGUGACAUUUGCGGGAAGGGAUUUAUUCAUCACAGCUUCUUGGCCAAUCACAGGCGAAUUCACACGGGUGAACGACCUUUAAAGUGUAGUAUCUGUGGCGACUCGUUCAUACAGAAUGGCCACCUGUUGAAACACAUGCGGAUUCAUACCAACGAAAAACAGUAUGUGUGUACUGAAUGUGGCAAAGAAUUCAUUAGUAGCAGUAGCCUUGCCGUGCAUAUACGGAAUCAUACCGGCGAGCGACCACAUAAUUGCGAAAUCUGCAGCAAAACUUUCACCAGGACUGACCAUUUGGCACGACAUCUACGUACACACGACGGGGAACGAAACUACCGUUGUUCUGUCUGUGGAAAAGGUUUCAAACAACGAUGUAACAUGACUCGACAUGAGGCUGGACACGCGCGCGGAAAGGAUUUCAAAAUUCGUGAUCGUCUGUGAAUUGAGGACAUCUGGUAAGCAUCUUAUCAGUAUUAUAGGGAAGAACGGCCAAAAUAGUAUUUAAAACAAGAAAAUAAAAUCUUUAUCAAGCCAA